CAGUGUUUUAACCAGACCAGCACUCGUGAGACUGCACAAUACUGGUAAUGCCUAAAAUGGUGUCGAUCGCAACCCUCAAACACCGUGGCUGGCGGACACCGGUGGUCAGGGAAACUGUCUGACUGAAGAAGGAGUCCUUCGGGGAGAUGUUUCUCGGAGGACUCCGGAGGCAGAUGCACGGUAGCGACAGGCCUGAAGGGCGGCAGCUACCCUGCUCAGCAUGCUGCUCACGUUGGAGCGACAUCUCUGCUGUUUUGGCAUUGUGGGAUAGCUCGUCUGACUAUUUUCACCUGACCAGCGCUGAAUUUGGAGGCAUGAGAAGAUGCUGCUGGAUGAAUGCAGACUAACGGCCCUCUGGGAAUGUUACACACAGGAAGAGGAGGAAAACAGUAACUGUGUUCGUCACACCACCAGCUAGCAACAAAUUUCAAAAGGACGGGACGAAGGAACAGGAGCCAGUAACACCUAAACCAUGCGUCAGGAUCACGACUUUCUUCUUCCCAUCGUUCUUCCAGGAGGGAAAAACACUCAGAAAAACCCAACAAGCAUCAACACAAAGCAGCAAAAGGAAAUGUGUAGCACUGCAGCUGGCAAAAACGUGAGAAAGAACAAAAAAAGACACAAAGCACAUCCUUACUCUUCAAAUCAGCAUGUUAAUACGUCGUUCUUGGUAGUCUGUUAAGCAUGCCAAAUGUUAAUGCAAUCAAGCCUCGUUAAGCCUUCAUCUGGCGUGCGCUUGAGGAAGAAGGCAGCUUCAAGAGUCACCUCAUUUGUCUCAAGACCAGGCAACUCCUCCUGAUUCUACACACAGUCUGCAGGCCACCUGCUACCACACAAUUCAACAAUUUUGUGAAGUGUUUGUCAGCAGGGACUCCGGGAAGGCGGUCAGGUGUGGGCGGUUUGUUGGGGAUCCAUUUGAGUUUAUACGUGCCGCGGAGUGAGGACAUCGACGGCGGCGUAGCGGCUCGGAGACAGGAGAGCAUCAGAAUGUUUGGCUGUUAUCGGGUUCAGAGAGUCGACCAACAGUCGAGCGUCACACAGAGUACAGGCCUCCUAUUAGCAUGGAUUUGAAAAGCUACUGUUUUUACAAAGGUGCUCAUUAGCACAACACAGAGGGAGCGUGGUCGCGGUCCUCAGAGGGCCGCUUCUGUUCUUGUCGACUCACCUUCCAUAUUCAAAUUUCCCCAAAUGUAGUUAAGUUCAAGGCCAGUUGCAAAUCUGUUUGAACAGCCUGUUUUUCAGCUGCUGAGCGCUUUUGGGACUGUGGAGAAAAACGGUCAGGAGAGAGGAGUGGAGCAAUGUACACACUGUUUCCACCUACCCCGGGGGUAGAUAUUUUACCAGCUCCCUCUGCAUCAGUUGCAUUAAAAGAUCAGUGGCACCAUACAACUGGAUCAAACGGGACACUUCAUACCAAGCUGGUAAAUAAGGGUCAGGCAAGGUCUAGGGGCACAUGCUGGUGUCGCUCAUCGCUGCUUGUUUGGAAACCACCAGUCCAUCCCCAUCUCUAAGGAGUAGCCACCACUCUGCUGCAGGCAGGUGAUCCAAGCAUCUUUUAAAAAUCAGUUUUAAAUUUUUGCAUAUAUGUCAUACACAUCAUAUCGUAAAAUUGGUACCUCAGUUGGAUAAGGAGUUGGGCUGUCAAUAUGUAGACCUGGGUUCACACUACCUGUGUCUAUGGGCAAGACACAUCACCAGCAUUAUCUCAGUCCACCCAGCUGUAAGUGGGUAGCAGGCUUGGCUUGGGAAGUAACCUGCUUUGGACUGGUGUCCCAUCCAGGGGGUGUCAUGUAGAAAGGUUACAUACGCACAAAAACAUAGCACACAUCCUUCUCCACGAUAACGUACAGAUGUAUCAAAAGUGAAAUGACUGUGGAAAUGUGCAGUGCCCCACGCCAAGUUCAUGGCUUGCGUAAGCACAUUUCUACAGCUAUUGUUCCUCUAGCAACAUGUAGAAGUGAUGUUGGGAACCAUUAAUAGUGUGAAAACAAAAGUCAUCACAGUGAUUUUCACAUCAGAGACACACUUGUGAACAAUUAACACACCCAUGUGUUUGCAGUUAUAUGGGUGGAUAUAAAUGCAUGCGCAAAGUGAUGUGUAAAAUGGCACUAACAAUGGCUACAUUGGUGGCAACACAAGGAUUUAUUUGCUAAUGAUGAAAAUUGGCUCAUAAGCUGAUUUUGUUUACCAAGGCCACUGUUACUGGAGUUGUGUGCAGAACUGCGGCCGAUCCUAGAGUGCAAUACGGCAAGGAGCCAGGGGUUGUCUAUGCCCACACAGGUGCUGACCAUGCUGGGCUUCCUGGCAACAGGGGUAUUCCCACGGGAGCUGACCGAUCGGUCAGGAGUGUGCCAGUGAACCUUGAGUCGAGCCAUGCCAGUUGUUUGGAAUGCCAUCAUCUGAAUCAGUCAUCCAGCAAUCACCUGACAAAGGCACCUAGGAGGCGAGUGAAUGAGUGAUGCCUGGUCUGUCUCCUGCAGCACUCCGGUUUCUAGUGUCCGCCACCGGGCAGAGGCGUGAUGAAGAAAAAGGGGAGAUAACACACUUGCAAACUGUGUUUGAACCUCCUCUGUAUGCAUGCAGGGUGCGGCCCCUUUGUCCCUCCGUUCACAGGCUGCUGAAUAGAAUGGCCGCUGAUGACCGGCACCUACCGUCGAGUUGUGGCUCCUACAUCAAGACGGAGCCAUCCAGCCCUUCUUCGGUCAUCGACACGGUUAGCCACCACAGCCCCAGUGGUAACUCAGACGCCAGUGGUGGCUAUGUCAGUGCCAUGAACAGCCAUUCCAACGGCCUGGACUCUCCACCUAUGUUCUCCCCCGGUGGACUCGGGGCCGGCGCCUGCCGCAAGCGCUAUGAUGACUGCUCCAGCACCAUCAUGGAGGACUCAUCCAUUAAGUGCGAAUACAUGUUGAACUCCCUCCCCAAGAGGCUGUGCCUGGUCUGUGGAGAUAUAGCCUCAGGGUAUCACUAUGGGGUGGCCUCAUGUGAGGCCUGCAAAGCCUUUUUUAAAAGGACAAUACAAGGGAACAUAGAAUACAGCUGUCCCGCCACAAAUGAGUGCGAGAUCACAAAACGGAGACGCAAAUCAUGUCAGGCGUGUCGCUUCAUGAAAUGCCUCAAAGUGGGGAUGCUCAAAGAAGGUAAGAAGAGAGUUCGUCUGGACCGCGUGCGAGGAGGCCGACAGAAAUACAAGAGGAGGUUGGACUCUGAAAACAAUCCGUACCUGGGCUUGACGCUUCCCCCUCCCACCAAAAAGCCCCUCACAAAGAUAGUGUCUCACCUGUUGGUGGCAGAACCAGAGAAGAUCUACGCCAUGCCCGACCCCACCAUCCCGGAGAGCGACAUCAAGGCUUUGACCACACUGUGCGACCUGGCUGACCGUGAGCUGGUGGUCAUCAUCGGCUGGGCCAAACACAUCCCAGGAUUCUCCACUCUUUCUCUGGGAGAUCAGAUGAGUCUACUGCAAAGCGCCUGGAUGGAGAUCCUCAUCCUCAGCAUUGUGUUCCGCUCGCUGCCGUAUGAAGAUGAGCUGGUGUACGCCGAGGACUACAUCAUGGACGAGGAGCACUCGCGGCUGACGGGCCUGCUCGACCUCUACGUCUCCAUCCUGCAACUGGUCCGCAAAUACAAAAAGCUCAAAGUGGAGAAGGAGGAGUUUGUCACGCUGAAGGCCAUCGCGCUCGCAAACUCAGACUCCAUGCACAUAGAGGACAUGGAGGCGGUCCAGAAGCUUCAGGACGCGCUCCACGAAGCCUUGCAGGACUAUGAGAGCAGCCAGCACCAGGAUGACCCACGGCGGGCGGGAAAACUGCUCAUGACCCUGCCCCUGCUGCGGCAGACGGCCACCAAAGCUGUGCAGCACUUUUACAGCAUCAAGGUGCAGGGCAAGGUGCCCAUGCACAAACUCUUCCUGGAGAUGCUGGAGGCCAAAGUCUGAUGCAGUGACUCAGAGAGUGACUGGAACCAAGACUGAAAGUACUCAGGGGAGGGAGAACCCCACUGACUGUGUAAGGCAGAACGGACACUGACCUCUCUCACUCGUCCUCCUGGAACCCCGGGACUCUAAAAAAAUUAAAU